AUGGGGGAUCCACAACCCCUGGCACAAGAAGCGCUUAAGCCGGAUACCGACGAACUCAAUCGACGACAAGCUGCAUCUUCGGACUCCGAUGGAUCAGCCUCCAUCGAUGAAGAUGAUAUGUCUGAGAGCGGAAGCGAGAAUUACUAUGAGCCCACCAGGCGAGGAGGCUCGCGCAGGAUAGCGAACAAGUCCCCCAUGCGAAAGCGACGAAAGCGGCCUGAGUGGACGCGCAAUGAAAACAUUUGGCACAGCACGCUGCGUUCCAAGCAUCUCAAGGCACGUUCCUUGCUGCGCGCAUACGCGACGGCGCUGAACGGCCGUUGGGAUGACGAGACCGCUCGCCAUGAAGCAUACACUGCCGCUUUGCGUCAGCAUACGGUUAGUGCCGGCGGAACAGACCCUAGCACAGGAGCGUUGGAGGGAGGAGGCUUGCGGGACAUGGCUUUCAAUCAAGAUGAUGACACGCAAACACCUCGGAUGGGUUCAGUGCAAGCAGGCGCCGGCACCAUAGUGGCACAGACGCCGGACAACAACCAGAGUCCCGCCGCCGUCCUUGCUCGAAAUCGAGGCGGACGAGGUCCACCGGCGACUGCUCCGCGCCCUUUAGCCAACGACAGAGUCACAGGCCGUGGUGGCCAGCAUCGGCACCAACAUCCCGACAAUCCAAGGGUUCCGCCGUCCCCGACAUCCUGUCCUACGAAAGCCAUGCAAGGUGUGGUCGCUCUUCACAACACCUCCUGGCCGAUUUUCCAACCGCUCCGGUUUAAACUGCAACUGGUUCAAGCUGCGGUAGCUGAACUGUGGCUACCGGUGACGUCGCUGGUGGUGAUAGGGCACGCCAUGGAAGAAUCCCUUGUGCCGAACCUUAAUGCCUCUACUGAAGGGUCCGCGGACCCAAGCCCCGGCCCACUUUUGGGAUUCGACUCGCUCGAGACGUGGAUAGGCAGGCUAGAUCCCUCGAUUAUGUUGCAGGAUGAUGACCCCGGCGCCCGUGAGCAACUCUGUCGUGGUGGGGCGGAUUCCACUAGCAGCAGCGUUGCACCUGCGGUAAGCGCGCCAGCACCAGCAGCUGCAGCAGGUGGUCCAGGUGACGUGCCAGGGGCCCUUCAGCCGACGGUGGCUAAUACGAGUGCUUCCGGCGAGUUGGUGGAGUCGGGCCGCAGCCGGCUGCUAACUUGGCCCCGUCCGGAACAACGGCUGCUGGGCCCGCCCAACACUGCUACGCAUUAUGGCCGCGCAGGGCCAGCGAGCGGUGCAUGGAGCAGCAACAGUGGUGCCGGGGUACCCCAGCUCCAGCCCUCACCAACUGAGGGAGGUAUAAAUCUGCAUCACGCUGGUUCCCAAGCUGCUGCGCCAAAUUUAAGCACCGCCAUGGCCAUCUCGCCAACGGCGCGGGGAGGGGCUGAUGUUUUCAGCGGCGGCAACGGUAGUGCGCAGGGUAGCGGCGCUGUGGAGCGUUUGAGCCCUGCCGCAGGACACUGGCACACCAGCAUUACCGCCGCAACUGUACACGGUAGCCAUGACCGCACCCUAGCUUCGCCGUACGGUCUCUCUGCAGCUGCAGUCUACGCUCCUCCGCCGGGCAUGAUCACUGGCUCAGAAGGCUGCGGCUGGGCCACCUCGCCAGGUGGCUGGGCUCUCGGCGCGCCGAGGCCGCCACUGCCCUUCACUGGCCGACCCGUUGCGUUGGGGCUUUCACACGAGGCCUGGCGCAGUGAGCUUCCGGCGCCGCAGGAGCUGGGGAUCAGACCUGUGCCGCCUGCGGAUAUGCGCGGCGGUAUGUACAUGGUUCCGGUUCACGCGCCAGCACAACCGAUCCCACAUAUGGUGUAUGCAUCUCCGCAGCCCCACGUGCCACCGUCCCUUGGCCAACAACACUGUAAUAACUUCAACAGCGCGCAACGGCUGCGUCAGCAGGAACAGAUAGUGUAUCAACAGCAGCAGCAAUGCUUGCAUCAUCAUCAUCAUCAGUAUCAUCAGCAGCGACAGGAACAUCAGCAGCAGUUGCGGUAUCAUAAUCAUGAGCAAUACAAGGAGCAGCACCAGCAGACACUAGCUUAUCAGCAGGCAGGCCAGCAAGAACAGCAGUACCAGCAGCAGUCUCAACAGUUUAAGCAGGAACCGCAGGGCGAGCAGCUGCAUCAGCAUUCGGAGGCGGCAAACCAAAGCCAGCAGCAGCACCUGUUACAACACCCAUUGACCAAUGUCCCAUUGGCCCUAUCGCAGCAUCAUCAGCAGCAGGUACUAGAACAACAGCAAGCACAGUCCUCGCAUCUCGAGCAGAAAUUGCCUACACAGCAGCAAUCCCAGGUGCAGCAGUUGGAGCAGCACGCGGACUCCUUGUCCUCCUCCGAAGUGGUCACCAUGGGGCUAGAAUCGUUGCAAGACCCGCAGUUGCGAUGGUGCUUGUUGGACAUGGAAUAA